CCAGCAAGCAGUUCGUGGCGUGAGGGCGCAGGAGGAGGAGCUCAGAGCCGUUGGGCCCCGCGGAGCCAGGCAGCGGCAGCACCUGGCGGGGGUGACCAUGGGGAAGCGUUACUUCUGUGACUACUGCGACCGCUCCUUCCAGGACAACCUCCACAACCGCAAGAAGCACCUGAACGGGCUGCAGCACCUCAAGGCCAAGAAGCUCUGGUACGACAUGUUCCGAGAUGCAGCUGCCAUCUUGCUGGAUGAGCAGAACAAGCGGCCCUGCAGGAAGUUUCUACUGACAGGCCAGUGCGACUUUGGCUCCAACUGCAGAUUUUCCCACAUGUCAGAGCGAGACCUGCAGGACCUGAGUAUGCAGGUGGAGGAGGAGAGGUGGGCCAGGGAGUGGCCACUAGACGUCACCGAGCUCCCUGAGGUCCACGUGGAGGACUGGCUGGAGAAGAGAGCCCAGCAGCUGAGCUCGGCCCCAAGCAGCAGGCAGCGUGCCUGUGACCAUGAGACUCAGAGGACUAGGGGACAAGAUGGAGAAACUGAGGCUGAAUGAUGGGCCCAGAGUCGCAGGAAGAGUGGUGACCACGUGAUAAUCAGGUGUGUUGGUGCCGUGGUGUGCCCGGCACUCAGCCCCGGCCUUUAGGGGGGUUGGUGCCCUCGGUUUGUAGCUGAGGAAUCUCUUCCCCUCCAGGAGGUUGUGACUGCCUUGGUCACACACCUACUACCCUUAGCAGCACUCAGCUGUCACUUGAGAGAGAGCUUAGGUCCCUGCCCUGGCUUUGGACCCUGGGCCACUUCUGUUACCAGGUCUAGGGCUGGCCAAGGGCCAGUGCAGUGGUUGGCCACUGCAGCCGGAAGUCUGCAGUAGUAGUGGCAGUAGCCGGCUGCUGGGAUGGCAGUGACUGGAAUAGAGCUUGCCGCUGGGGACCACCCUAGGCUGAACCCUAUCCCCUGGGCUCCUCUCCCGCUGACCACCCAACCUGGCCCCUUCCAGGGGACCUGCUUUUCCACUUGUUCUCUGUGCCUUUGCACAAGUCCACCUGCCUCCUGAGGGCUUGCAGCCAAAAUGAAUUACUCUCUGGGCAGAGCAGGCCAGUCCAGCCUUGAGAAAAGGAGGUUGUUAGGAGGGAGGUGACCAUUUAUCAUUGCUUUUGCCAUCACAGCCUCGGUCUUCCUCAGCCCUCUCCCCUCAGGUUGGUCUCAUGAAAAAUGAUACCCACACCCUGCAGCCCACAGGCUUUGGGCUCUGCCCUUGCGUCCCUGGCCCCCACUCCGCAGGGUCAGGGAGGUUGAUUGCAGCCAGGAGGCUGCCUCUCUCUGUUCCCUGAGUCUACCAUCAAGGCAGCCCUGUGGCAACAGUGCCCUCUCUGCCCUUCACCCACCCUGGCUCUCCUAGACAUCACGGCAGCCCUUCCUGGUCUACCUGCCUCUGCUCCUCCAGUCCAUCCUCCACACAACAGCCCCAACCAGCUUCUAGAACACUCCCUGGCCCCGGCCCUGCUGAAACCCUCCUGGGCUUCCUCCCCGUCAGGGGGACCCGGACUCCACAGCCCAGUUUGCAAGGUCCCGGAGAACUUCCCUGCCGCCUCCACGGCCCUUGAGGGUCACCUUCUCACCUCUCCCAUCUGGCCUCUUUGUCACUCCCGCUGGACGCUUGGCAGCUGGUUAGGUGUGGUGGGACGUUUCUGAUUUUGGGGCACCUUGUGCACACCAUUUCCUCUGCCUGGAACUGCCCCACCACCACCACGUCUGCCUGGCAAAGUCAGACUCAUCCUUCAGGCUUUAGCUGAGACAUCUCCCCUUUCUCCCCUUCCACCCCCGGGCCUCCCCCUCACGGCCCUGAGCUCACAGUCAUCAGCCUGGUGCAGACCCAGGACAUGUUGGCUGCAUGAGAGAGCAUUUGGAGGAGCAGGGUCCCGGCCUGGAGGACUAUUCCUGAGUAUUAGUGCCGUGGGCGCCUCGUGGGGACGGGUCUGGUGGCCCCUCUUCCUCGCUGGGUGUCUGUGUCCUCCCCCCAGGACACAGGGCAGAGAUGGCUGCCUGGCCCACCUGGGGCCACCCAGACCUGAGGGCUCUGACCUCACAGGCUGAGCGGAGCCCUCAAGGUGAGCCGGGCUAACCAUCCUUGUAAAGGGGAGAUGGAGGCUCAAUGGGGCCC